CGGUUUUUAGUUUCUCCAAUGGUGAUAACGGAUAGGACUUGGGAGAGUAGACUGAUUCACUCUACCUACUGGGCUAGUGAAGGGAGUAGGAUGAGGUUUCCUAUGGGCCUAGACACUGACCUGUCAGAUUUGAGUUUCUUCACCCUAAUGGUUCCAGGGAGGGUAUGCUGAUCCUAGAUCUGGGCUGUGGAGCUGGCACUCUACCUACUGAGCUAAUGAAGGGAGGGUAGACUGAUCCUAGAUCUGGGCUGUGGAGCUGGCACUCUACCUACUGGGCUAAUGAAGGGAGGGUAGACUGAUCCUAGAUCUGGGCUGUGGAGCUGGCACUCUACCUACUGGGCUAAUGUAGGGAGGGUAGACUGAUCCUAGAUCUGGGAUGUGGAGCUGGCACUCUACCUACUGGGCUAAUGUAGGGAGGGUAGACUGAUCCUAGAUCUGGGCUGUGGAGCUGGCACUCUACCUACUGGGCUAAUGUAGGGAGGGUAGACUGAUCCUAGAUCUGGGAUGUGGAGCUGGCACUCUACCUACUGGGCUAAUGUAGGGAGGGUAGACUGAUCCUAGAUCUGGGCUGUGGAGCUGGCUUUUGCUCCAGCCCUGCUCUAAUGAGCGUAGUUGUAGAUACAUGCCAUCUUAUUUGGUUUAUUGUAUAGUCAUGAGUCAGUGUGUGAUUUGUACAGCCUGCUACCUACUGGGGUGGAGGAUGCCUCUAUGCUCACUACUGGUCUGUGUACUGCUCAACAUCCUCUUCCUCACUCUGAGUGAAGUGGGGUGGUUCUCUGUUUGUGUUCUGGGGGUGUCUGCCCCGGCUGCCCUGGGUUACCUGCAGGACAGGUGUGGGGGCGGGGCGUCGGAGGCGGAGCAACAGAAGAGGCGGUGCCACGCGGUGCAUCGUAAGGACCUGCAGAAUGUUCAGCUCACCAGACAGGACGCCAUGCUGGAAGUCAAGGACCUGUUAAAGCAGCUAGAUGACCUGUUGUCUCAUGCCUGCCUGUCUGCUGAGUCCAUCUACAAGCUCCUGUACUGGGAGAGCCACUCUGAGUCCUCUAGGUUCUACGGUGGCCUGUUAGCUGUAUUGAUGCUGCUGUAUUCUGUCCCUGUGGGCUGGGUGCUGGCCUGUCUCUCUACUGCACUCUUCCUGUGGAACCGAGACUUCUGCAGGGUUGUGUUGGACCUAAGGGAGGUGGUCCAUUCUGGCCAGAACCCAUCCUCAGAAGGAGAGAUGGACGUCACAGAACCGGACCACAGCAGCCUGGACCGGACUCCCACUGCUACCAGCUUGGAGGACCUGUCCCCGGGCAGCGUAGAGGAGGCUGAGGAGGCAGAGCCUGAUGAUGAGUUCAAAGACGCCAUCGAGUUGACUCAGGAGCCCCAUAUCUCCCUGCAGGACUAUCUCAGACAGUUCAGUGUUACACGGCGUCAUGACCGAGGUCAAAGACCUGAGACUCCCUUGGCUUUAGUGGAGGAUGAUGACAUAAGUUCAGAUUUGGACACCAUCUCCAUCACCUCAGACAACGGUCUGCUGAGCCGCAACGAGCCAAUCCGCAGUAAGGUGUCCAAACUGACGGAGAAGCUACGCAAACGCUACCCCACCAACAACACAGGUAACUGUUCCAGCUGCAGUGCAGUCUUCUCAGUGGUGAAGAGAAGGCGGAGCUGUAGUAACUGUGGCAAUAGCUUCUGCUCCAGAUGCUGCUCCUACAAGGUCCUCAAGGCCUGCAUGGGUGUCACAGCUCCAGAUGCCCAGAGAGAGACAGUGUUUGUUUGUGCUGUCUGCAACUCCACCCUCAGCAAGUGAGAAAUGACUACCACCUCCUACCCACUCAUGGAGACCCAGGGAGGGUACUGCCCCUCCUACCCAGGAUUCGAAGCUCCUUGGCUGGGUAGAGCCCGCGGCAGAUCAGCCUCUACCCCGCCUGGGGGUGGUUCAAAACCCCAGGUUGUCUGGUUCUCUGGCUCCAGCCGAGGUGACCAAGGUUAUUAAGAUGAACCAGUCCCAAAUGGCAACCUAUUCCAUAUAAAUUAUUCCCUAUAAAUUGCACUGCUUUUGCCCAGAGCCCUAUGGGGUUCCCUAUGGGCCCUGGUCUACAGUAGUGGACUAUAUAGGGAAUAGGGCCCUGGUCUACAGUAGUGGACUAUAUAGGGAAUAGGGCCCUGGUCUACAGUAGUGGACUAUAUAGGGAAUAGGGUGUCAUUUGGGACGCUCCCACAGACUCCCAUCAGCUUGUGUUGCAUUGAGAUUGAUCCUGUACUGUCAUUCUGUCAUGGAGGUCCUGAGAAUGCUGAGAGGUGUGUGUGUAUUGUAUUGUAUAAGAUAUGCUAUAGAUUGACCCUGUUAUAACUUAUCCAUCCUGUAAUGGUUUUAUAUGUUGGUCCUAAUGUUAAUUUAAUGGAUGCAAAGACAGGAUGCUAAAGACUAUACCUUAGUCCUAAAUGGCAUUCCCUAAUCCCCAUGGAGCAUAACCUAACCCCAUGGAGUGAUUUCCAGAGGUGAUCCCAGAGCUGUGUUCAAAUACUCAUACUAGCUGUACUAUUUGUGAUGUAACAUUGAGUAUGUAGUUAAGUACUUAUUGGAUAUAGUAUGCCAAACGUUCCUGGAUGUCGUACUAAAUUCACCAAACUACGAAGUAUACAAGGAGUGGACACUAUUUCUGUGCUUUUAGGGACCAUAAUGCAAUUCUUCAGAAAAUGGGCGUGGCUUCACCAACGUUUUCAGAUUUGAAGAAAAUGGCCGACGAGAGCAGAUAGAAAUGAAUUGCUUCAAGAAAAUGUUGAGCAAUGUAAUAAAGUAAUGACUUUUCAAACAAGUUAAACGUUAUGUUGGCUGACAAUUUAUUAGCUACGCUGUCCUUACGAACCGCAGCAUGUCAUUCAGCAGUAUGUACCGGGCUGUUAGCUAGCUACCUAACGUUAGUUGGCUACUAAUACAUUGAACUUGCCAGGUAGUAUAUUAACUAUCUAGCUAACUACCCAAUGUUUAUUGACUUGAUUAUUCACAUCAUUCUUAGCUAAGUGGUAGAGUCGUCGUGCGUUCUCAAUGGACAUAGUUAAUUCUGGCUAUCCACUCUGAUUUCAGAGCAUCUCUCAUCUGUGUGCCAGUGCACAGAAUAGCUGAAUAAAACGUGUUGAAUAUGGCCGGUGUCAGUAAGCGUUGGAGGGGGGAAAAAGUGUAAUUAAAUUGUUGCCUGCAGCACAGUUAGUCAUGGAUUUACGAACGGACAAUCUGACAACGUUUUACGAACUCACCCCAUAUUGAAUUUACAGACGCAGCCGAAAUCGCAAAAUGUCUAGCUAGUAAUUUGUUAUGCUAACAAGCCAGCAAGAGGUUGCAUAGCAACAUCAUCAACUUCUGGUAGACAGGCGAAGUGCUAGUACACUCAACUGAAAGGAUACCCUUCGUUUACAGUAUUCUAAAAUGAACUAAUAGUAUGUAGUAUACAGGAUGUUGGUAUGGAUAUUUGAACACAGCACAGGCUUUAGAUUGACACAUAAGAAUGUACAUGUUACACUUUUACCAUUGUGAUCACCAAUAUUCAAUCCACUGAAAGUUUAUAUUUAUCCAAUUUUAUUAAUUAAUUCAUUUGAUUGAUUAGCUUGACAGAAUGGAGGAGUUUGUUUACUCUUCAUUGCUUCAAUAAACUGUGAUUUUGAAUGUUUGGAGUUAACUUAUGGCGUAUUUUUCCUGCCUUUUUCAGCCUAGUUGUAGAGAGCUCUGUUAAAAAAAUAAACAAUGUAAAAAAGA